GCUCCCUGCCACUAUGGCUAAUUCCUUAGGAACCGGUGGAUCCAGUUUGAUCCAUCCCUCUCUUUCUUUCCCUUCAGCAACUUGUUGAGUCUUCCCCCCCUCGGUCUUCCUACUAUAAAAGAAAGUAAGCUGUGUAACCACCAGUUCAGCUCGUAGUUGUGCGACUUCUGAAGAAAUGUCGCUAGUAGUUUGAAUCGAGUGAGUGUAGAGAUCGAUGUGAUCGUGUCGCUUUUCAGUGGAAUACUCGACGGGACGAGCGCAGGAGAAGCUUUGACGCACCUGUAGGACACUGUUGAUGCGCUCCUCCUAAACUUUUCUCGGCUUUUCUGAACCUGCUCAGAGUAACUAUCAAAUGUUAUUCUCAUUUGGACUGUUGGUGAAAGCUGUCCUGAAAAAUUGGGGCUUCUUUCAUAUAUUGUGAUCACUUGAGGACUCCCAAAGCUACUUGAAAUGGAGACUCCGGAUGGCUACUGUGAAAGUAACGGCCAAUGCUCUCCUGGUAGAGAGAACUCGAGAAUGUCGGCGGAUACGUCAACACCUAAUGGACAGACAGUUCCUCAGGGUCCUAAUUCUCCCAGUGAAAUAAAAAUUAAGCAAGAGGAAAAAACAGCGGAGGAGGCCGACAACAGAAGCCAAGCCCUUGAUGAAAUAAGCCAAACAGGGGAGGAAGGAUCAGCCUUGGACGAAUCCGUGACUGGCAGCCCGGUCAAUGUACAAGAUGGAUCAUCUGAGCCAGACCUGACGGGUGAUACCGGAAGCCGACAACCAAACGGUGACAGGCCGUUCCAUUGCAACCAGUGUGGCGUCUCAUUCACCCAGAAGGGAAACCUGCUGCGACACAUUAAGCUGCACACAGGCGAAAAACCCUUCAAAUGCCCCUUCUGCAGCUACGCCUGCCGACGGCGCGAUGCUCUCAGCGGGCAUUUGCGCACUCACUCUGUUGGCAAACCACACAAAUGUAACUUCUGUGGGCGGAGCUAUAAACAGCGCACAUCUUUGGAGGAACAUAAAGAACGCUGCCACAACUACCUGCAGGGCAUUGGCUUGGAUCUGAAUGCCAACUCUUGCCCUUACCCAGGUGAGGUCCCUAAAGAGCAGAGGCCCAUGGCAGAGCCCAACACUAUGGCUACCUUUGAUCGGCCGCCCGUUAUUGAGAGACUGCACAGCAACGUGGGCAAGAGGAAGAGCACCACGCCGCAGAAAUUUGUGGGUGAAAAGAUGGUGCACUACGGCUACCCUGAGCUAGGCUAUGAGAGGGGCCUUAAGUAUGACAAGCAGGCUGAACUGAUGUCGGCCCACAUGAUGGACCAGGCCAUCAGCAAUGCCAUCACGUACCUGGGAUCGGACAACCUCCGACCCAUGUUCCACCAUCCAGGUCCCCCUCUCUCUAUGGCUGAAGUCGUUCCCAUGGUCAACCCCCUCUUCCACCAAGUCCUGCCAAUGGGCCAAAGCGCAGAUCGGCCAGGAAACGGUGACACGCUGCCACUACAUCCACCUCGGCCCCAUGACUUCCUCAAUCCUCCCACCAUAAAUGGUCCCACCACUUUAAACAGGCAGGCCAAGCUACGCCAUCCAGGGCAAGAAGAAUCUCCCAACAACAGUGGGGGUGACUCUGCUGACUCAGCUCGAAGCAGCCCUCAUGAGAGGCCGGGUUACCACGGGAGCAACCAGGCCCCUGGCCCUCGGUCUCGAGCCAGUCCAGCGAUAGUUUAUUCUGGUGAGCGAGCCACAGAAACAUUGCCUAGAAGCAGGGAAAGAGUGGGGACUGGGAUCAUACGAGUGGCCACAGAUAGACCGCCCGCAAACCGGGAAGGGGUGCGGGUGUUCGGACGAGAAGGCCAGGAGUUGCGUGCCUUCCAGUGUGAGCACUGCCGGGUGCUUUUCCUGGACCAUGUCAUGUACACCAUCCACAUGGGUUGCCACGGAUACAGAGAUCCGUUGGAAUGCAACAUCUGUGGUCACCGCAGCAAAGACCGCUACGAGUUCUCCUCUCACAUAGUCCGUGGUGAACACACCUUCCAGUAAGACAGUGGGUAGGACUUAGGGGAAAGACAAAGAAGGGAAAGGAGCAAUAGCCUGAUAGCCGUCCUUACCCCCAGGACUCCGAGAUGGCUGUAGACAAGUGUAGCACAAUCAUAGCAUAGUUUUUUUUAAGCUACUUAUUGUGAAAAUUAACAGUUGAACAAUCACAUGAAGGUAUGGGCCAAAGACUCAUUUUCUACAUAUCUAAUUAAGAUUAUUAUUGUAGAAGGAAGUGUUUCUCUCAAAAUGUUGAUUCAUUGUAUAACGGAGCAGCUGCCAGAGGACUUUGACUAGUUCAUUGUAGUCUUAUUUGGAAAUGUCUCCUGUUGAGCUUUUUCUGUCAUCAGGCUUUAUGCAAGUUGAAUGCAUACAACUACAAUUUAAAUAUAUAUAAUAUUAUAACUAACAAUAAACAACAAAGGACUUCCUUACCUUUGUAUUAAAUAAUAAUAAUAAUAAUAAUAUAAUAAUAAUACCACUGGGGAUGUCUUCAUAGACCUAAUAGCAGUACGUUAAUGAGCUGGCCCACUUACUGUAGAAUAUCUCACAGGAUCUGUGUAGUUUUCUUUUUCAUUCUUUUUCAUGAUAUUGCCAUGGACAGUUAUGCUUCUUUUUCCUAUGAAUAAUGGUGGAAUACAGAUAAUGUUGAUGUCUAACUUUGCUGUGUGUUCUAGCUGCAAGCAACCUGCCGUCCAUUUGGAAUUAUUUGCAAUAUGUUUAAUUGUCUCUGAUAUAUCUGCAGCUGUGGAAAUAUGACCAGUCGUUCCAGCAGUCUUCAGUCAUCAGUCCUUAGUUUUAAUUUUGUGUUUUUGUGUAUUACUGCACAAUUAAAAUUAUUUAGGAUAUAUAGAUUACUACCAGGUUUAAAAAAUUCAAAACAAACUUUCAAAAUGUACUUAUUUACUAUAUUCUUCCAAUAGUGAAUACAUUGUGAAUUAUUUGUUAGAGGCUCAGUCCUGUAGUCCUGUAGAUAUAAAUAUAGAUGCAGUAUAUAAAGGUUAAACACCUUGAGAAUAACAAAUUCAUUUUAAUUGAGGUCCAAAUACUUAUACAAGUGGCCAAUGAGCAUGUCACUAAACACAAAUAAACUUAAUUUAAAGAUGUAAAUUAUGGGUUUGGAAACAAAGUGUGGUAGGUCUUAUCAUAAAUGAAUGUUUUAAUUCACAAACAAAUACAAGCAAAUGCAAAUAAAUGUUGAACACUGUAAAAAGGCUAAAUAGCUAUCUGAUAGCAGAGAACUACCUCCAUACAACCACUUUUUAAGAUUAAGCUUAUGUGAUAUUCUUCUUUAAUACACUUUGAAGGAUAAUAUAUUACAUAAAAAAAUAUUUUUGUUGGUAUUGCCUUUGCUACACUUGAGUAAAGGCAAGCUACGAUAGCAGCCAUGCUAGCAGUGUAAGCUAGCUUACUUAUGUUAAAGGUAUCUAUUCCAAAGCAUGCAUUCUUUAGACAAUACAAUUGUUUAGUGUUUACAGUAUUUACACCUCCCAAGUUUUUCUUCAAUUGUCAGUGGUUGGUAAAGCACUUGAAUACUACUAGUAGCACAGAAGAAGAAGAUCACCGACUCCCUGUGGCUAGCUUGUAUAUUUCGGAAUUGUAAAACAAGUCAGAAAUGAGUUCAUCAUAGGCCUAUUUGUAAAAAAAUAAUGUGUUCUAUAAAAUAUAAUAUUAAGAAAAAAGGCUUUCCCCAGAGACAUUUUGGAACAUUCUGGCCAUUAACUCGUUCCCUUGUUUUUCCUUUAGAACAAUGUUAGAUCCUGGUGAUGCGUGGCUUGUGUAGCUUGCAGUUUGAGAACACAUUAGGAUUCCUAAACUAGUAUCAUAUUUUGUUUGAAAGUGGCUUGACACUGUGAAAUAGCAAGAGGUAACUUUUAAUGACUUAAACUUAUGCUUUAUGGCAAUAGAUACCAAAGGGAUAGAGGAUGUUAAAGACACUGCAUGGGUUGCUUCUCUCUGAUGUACCUCACUUCAUGCUUUAGGAUAAUCUUUUUGAUCCAAUCCAAUGUGUGCUUGCUUGGCUGGAUGGCUGUGUAUAUAUACAGUAUAUAGUAGUUUAAUUGUUGUUCUUUUUUCUUCAUUCCUUUGAUAUAUGGGUUGGGUAGGGUCUUUGUGAAUGGUGCUGUUAUCCACAAGGUUAAAAAUCAUCUUAUCAUCCUUUUUGUUUAUCCUUGAAAUUACAGGGAAACAUCAACAACUAUAUUUUGGGGGUGCUCUGUCCUUGGCACCUUUAAAUGUUGCUUAAUGCAGCUUUAUUUGCAGCUACAUGCAUUAAAAGGACAAAAUCAUAGAAAUCAAGGGGAUUUUUUUAUGCUAGGUUGGCAUGGGUUCAGGUCGAUUUCUUGCCAUAAUGGCACUAUAUUCAUGUAUGACUUAUAGUGUACAUACUGCAUACAGAACGAGACAGCAAGAGUAAACAUACAUGUAGUCAUAGUUUAACCAUGAAGGCACUUCUUAAAACUGUAGCAUUGCUCUGACAUUAAAAUGCUCAUGUAUACUAAAUGUAAAUAGCGAGUUAGAGAAUUAGCCACUCGCCACCUCCAAAUCUAUUGUUCAUCAUUACAAUGUGUAGAGGGUUGAUUUUGGUAAGUAAGGCUGCACUUUCACCCUGCACUUUAUGUCCAUGCCCUGACUCUAGACAGAAUUGGAUUCCUUUAAAUAAAUUGUAGAGAGAAUGCGAAACAAUAAUUGACAGAACACGGGUUAUCUUGAAAAAUCCACAUAACAUGAAACAUUUUAUUUGAUUUACAAUACUAUUUUUUGUCAGCAUUACUAGUUUUAAACUUGUUAGCAUCAUACGUUUAUGAUCUGUUUACAGAUCAUCUUCUAAGGUUUAACUCAGUGAUUUACUCUUCUAAAGUAUGUUCAAUGUCUACCUGUGAUCAAAAGGCAGCUUUUUCUAUGUUUACAUGUGGCUUCUUGUAUGCUUUACUGGUGCCCAGCUAGCAAAAAAAACCUACUGUCUGUAACGUAUUGAUACUGGAAAUUGUUUACAUCUCGCAGUUGUGAUAUUGACUCUAUACAUUCCUCUAUGAAAUAAUUCCUGUAUAUAUUUAUUCCUCAAAACCUUGAAUGUUAAGACAAAGGCUCUCAUUGAACAAUAUAUCCUUUACAUAGUACAUGAAGGAGGAACAUAAAUAAACAUACCGGUACUCAAUUCACUUGAAAUAGGCAUCAUAAAAGACAGGGUGUUCAAAGAGAUGUAAUAGGACAGCCUUACACAGUCUUUAAGUGAAGCAGCCAUAUGAACAAAAAAGAAAAAAGUCAGCCCUUAUUGUGUGAGAGGUUUACUUGAAAAAUCUAAAUCAUUGCUAUUGUUUCCGACUGUGGGGAUGUUUUUGUAAAUUUUGUAAAUGUACGUAAUGAAUGUCUAUUUUUCUGCUGAAAUGUUAAUGAAAAUAUGUUUAAGUUUAAAAAAAUGUUUACAAAAAUCUAAGAGGCAGGGUUCAGGUGAAUUGUAUUUUAUAAGAAAUAAUUUAUGAAAAGUGUGUAUUUUGGCACUGAAUAUUGAAAUUAUCCAGAAAUGUGUGCCGAUCUCUGAUAUUGAUAUCAACUUUCUGAAUCGAGGGCUCUCAGGUAUUUGAAUAGGUUGUAUAUUUUUAUGUCCUAUAAUAUGUGAUUUAUUUAUCAAAAAGAAGCUGGUCAUUUUUCAUGACUUGAAUUAGUCCAACAGAGUGUGGUGAAGGAAGUUAGAUAAUUGAUCAGUCCUGUUUUCAACAUCAAUGACAUAACAUGAAGACACACUCCAAUGAAGAACACACUGUAUAUUUUUAAGGCAUGGGUUUCUCUCUAUUAAAGAUAUGAUUUUACUGCCUUGCCUGUUUUGUGAAUUUUGAAGAGAAGGAAGACAAACAUAUUGUUAUAUAGUUUAAUCAAAACAUGCAAACUGUAUACUUACAUACAAUUAAAGAUUUUAUUGUGAGAAAAAA